AGGAAAACUCCCUUUUCUUCUUUUUCUUUAACCUCCACACAACUACUAACGCAUUUUUGGAUAUUUUAUCGAUAAAAAAUAGACAAAUUUCUAUUCGUUGGUUCCAGCCAAUCCAAAUAGAGACGCUAAGACGCAGCCGCUAGAUCGAGACGCAAAUUGCACCUACCCAUCAACUAUUAACUUAUUCUUCGAUCAUUGUACCAGAAGUAAACCAAUAAGGAAUAAGAAAAUGUUCUUUACGAAGAAUUCUGCUUGGCUACACUUCUAUUUCUCAGACGUAUUAGUGGAACAAAGAGUAUUCGAUAAUGGAUGAAUUUUUAUGAAAAAAAUGGGUGUCUAUCUUUCUCCCUCUUCUUUUGAUACCGCGACGUGCUCUAGUUACGUCUUCUAUUUGUUUAUUUUAUUUUUUUCUGAUCGAACUCAUAGAAAUUAAAGCUUAUACUAUUUGGACAGUGAUGAGAGAGAGCCAAGUUUGAUUAGAUUAGCUUUCUCAGCUACUUCACAAUUCCUUUAUGGAAAAAUGAGACGGUACACUCUGUCUGUCGAAGCAUUUUUUUGCAAAUUAUUUCAAAUCUACUUUCAAUUACUUAAAUCUACUUUUUCUCAGAUCUAUCAACAGUCCUGUGUUUUUAGUAGCACAUUAGACAAUUGGAUUUGCUGCUGUAAUUUUCAUCGUGACUUUAAAAAUUCCAUUAUUUUUCUAGCCUUAAAUCUGAUUGUGAGGUGAGCUUUUAUUGAAUUGGGAAUUCGAACCGUAAAACUUCUACAAUAUUAUUGAUUUUACUGUGGAAAAAUCCAUCAUGGCAAAAUUUUUUUAUUGAAAACACUGAGCCGACUGCCUCAUAGUGGGAGGAAAAUUUGAUUUUUAAAUAUCCAGUAUAUGUUGCAGCUAUGUCUCUCUUUCGAUUGCUUUCUUUCUUUUAUUUUUGUUUUUUUUAUGAUAUAAGAAGAUAAUUUCCCGUCGAAAAAAUACAAAUAAGAGACUUUGUUUUUCUGUGACCAUUGGUAACUAUAUUUUAGAUGUCCGUUAUAGCCCGUUUAUCAGUCCGACAUUUUAAUACUGCUUUUAGGCGCAUAGUUGCUAUGAAUUCUAUGUCUGUAAGAAAUCAAACAACGACUACCGCUCCUGCAACAUCAGCCGCAGGUUCAGGAGCUGACAUGAUCUUUACAUUUGCAGCACCCUCUGAGGUAUUUUAUAAUCAAUCCAAAAAUGUAAAGCAAAUUGAUGUCCCAUCGAUGAGUGGUAAUAUGGGUAUUCUAGCACAUCAUGUUCCAAUCUUGGGAGUACUGAAACCAGGUGUAGUUGCUGUGAUCGAAAAUGAUGGAACAACAAAACGAUAUUUUGUCAGUAGCGGAUCAAUAGCUGUACAUCAGGAUUCAAGUGUUCAGUUAUUGGCAGAGGAAGCGAUUCUUGUCGAAAAUUUAGACACAAAAGCUGCACAAGAUACUUUAUCUGAUUCGCAACGAAAGUUACAAUCAGCCAAAGAUGAACGAGAAAAAGCUGAAGCUCAAAUAGAAAUUGAAUGCGCUGAAGCAGCUAUAAAAGCCUCUCAA